CUCUCUUCUUUCUUCUUCUUCUUCUUUCAUACAAUCAGAAGAAACAGAGAUAAGGUUAAGCGAAAACAACAAAACAAAAGAAGAAGAAUAAGAAAAACAAAACCUUCUCUCUCAGAAUCAAGAACAAUGGCUUGCUCUAAUCUAACAACAAUGUGGGUUUCAUCAAAACCAUCUCUUUCUGAUUCCUCUUCCUUAUCUUUCCGAUCUGUUCUCAACCCUCUUCUCCUCCCUAACCACACUACCUCUCCUCCUUCGAGAUCUUCCUCUGUUUCACCAAUCCAAUCGUCUCUUCGUGAGCUCCGAGACCGUAUCGAUUCCGUCAAGAACACUCAGAAGAUCACCGAAGCUAUGAAGCUUGUCGCUGCUGCUAAAGUCAGGAGAGCUCAAGAAGCUGUCGUUAACGGACGACCAUUCUCUGAAACCCUAGUUGAGGUUCUUUACAACAUCAACGAACAGCUUCAAACCGAUGAUGUCGAUGUGCCUUUAACCAAGGUCAGACCGGUUAAGAAAGUGGCACUCGUUGUCGUAACCGGUGAUCGUGGAUUGUGCGGUGGAUUCAACAACUUCAUCAUUAAGAAAGCAGAGGCUAGGAUCAAAGAGCUUAAAGGUCUUGGUCUUGAUUACAUAGUCAUUAGCGUGGGCAAGAAGGGAAACUCGUAUUUCCUCCGUCGUCCGUACAUCCCCGUCGACAAGUUCCUUGAAGCCGGAACUUUACCGACGGCCAAAGAAGCUCAAGCUGUGGCUGAUGAUGUCUUCUCUCUGUUUAUAAGUGAAGAAGUCGACAAAGUCGAGCUCUUGUACACAAAGUUUGUGUCUUUGGUCAAGUCAGAACCCGUGAUCCACACGCUACUGCCUCUAUCGCCUAAAGGAGAGAUCUGUGACAUUAAUGGGAACUGUGUUGAUGCUGCGGAAGAUGAGUUGUUCAGGUUAACGACGAAAGAAGGGAAACUGACUGUUGAAAGAGAGACUUUUAGGACACCAACCGCUGAUUUCUCUCCCAUCUUGCAAUUCGAGCAAGACCCUGUUCAGAUUCUUGAUGCUUUGUUGCCUCUGUACCUUAACAGUCAGAUUCUUAGGGCUUUGCAGGAGUCAUUGGCUAGUGAGCUUGCAGCUAGAAUGAGUGCAAUGAGCAGUGCUUCGGAUAAUGCAUCGGAUCUUAAGAAAUCGCUUUCUAUGGUGUAUAAUAGAAAGCGUCAAGCUAAGAUUACUGGAGAGAUUCUUGAGAUUGUUGCUGGAGCUAAUGCACAGGUUUGAUUUGUUUGGAACUGUCAAACUCUUUUUUUAUUCUCGUUAUCGUUUGUAUAAUGUAUAAUGGUAAUCUCUAGAACAACUCCUUAUAAUCUUUUUUUCUUCAUAUAAUCAUGCAAUUACAAACAAAGUGCGAGGUUGUAUCUAUUUUGGCCUUUCAUUGGAUAAAUUGAUGGAAAUCUUUGUUGAAUAUUUUGUGGAUGAUGAGCCUUUUUGUAGAAUCCUUUUGAA